AUGGCGGAGGAUAUGAGAUCUAACUACAAGGGUACUGUCAUCCUGACAGGCGCCAACGGUGGACUCGGCGUGGCGAUGGUAAAGAAGAUCGUGUCCCGCCCAGACCUAGCAGCCUUUCACGGGAUCUAUACCGUACGAGACGCGUCUUCAGCCCCAGCCCUACGCUCCGCCCUCCAUGAUGCCAUCCGACCUCACUCUCAAGACAUCAUUUCGCUGGAUCUCACCCGGCUGGACGACGUACGCAGUGUCGCGGCGGACAUCAACUCGCGCGUGGCUGCCGGCAAGAUCCCGCCGAUCCGUGCGCUUAUCCUCAACGCAGCCUAUCUCGAGUUCGAGGAGCAAACAUGGACAGCCGAUGGGUUCGACACGGCGUUCGCCUCGGCGUAUCUCGGACAUUGGCUGCUGACCAUGCUGCUGCUGCAGAGCAUGGAUCGCCAAUCGGGGCGAGUCGUUGUGGUCGCUAGCUCUGCCCAUGACACCCAAGACAAGCGAAAUGACGCUGGUGGACAGUAUCAGGGUGAGAAAUGGCAGACCAUUUUUCACGACAGCACCGAGCCUAUCGCAAAGGGCACAUGGAGCACGACCAAGGAAGACCCUUCCUUUCGCGGCGGUUAUAGACGAUACGGUGCUGCUAAAUUGUGUCAAGUUAUGAUGGUCAGGCCUGAGCUCCAGCGCCGUAUUGAUAUGGACCCAGUCCUCAAGAAUAUAUCAGUACUCGCCGUCGAUCCUGGUUCCACGCCCACGCACCUCGUCCGGCGUGGAAACUGGAGCAUCCGCGGUCUGUGGACUUUUAUUAUGCCUUGGCUGGUCGUCAUCCUCACAUGGCUGUGGCCCAACGGCUCGAACAGGACAACGAGAAAAUCCUCCGGCGAUCUUGUCGCAGCUGCCUUCGACUCCAACCCUACCCUGGGUGAGCAGCCGAAGGGUCUGUAUCUGGACGGACAAGAACGGAGAGAAAUGGCGGCUGAGGCACAGGAUCCUAGGAAGCGUCACAUCCUGUGGUGUGAUACUGUGAACUACACAGGAUUGAAAGAGGAAGAUACAAUUCUUGCCACCUGGGCCUGA